GCGCCCCUCCGGGUGUGCCCCCCCCUCUCCGCCCCCGUUCCCCAGCCACCCCCAGCCCUCCGCCCCCCUUCCCCCGGGCGCCCCCGAGCCCCCCGGCGGGGCGGCGGGGCAGGGGGCGGCGUGCGGGGCCGGAGCCCCCCCGUAUGUAAAUGAGGGAGGCCGCCGCGGCAGGCUACCGGCGGCCCCGCGCGGCGCGGCGCUGUUGGCUGCGUGAGGCGGCGGCAAGAGGGAGAGCGGGACGGGAGCCGCCACACGCCGCUGCCCGGUGCCCGGUUCCCGGUGCCCCCCGCCCCGUCGCCACCACCACCACCACGUGCCGGCGGCGCCAUGGAGCUGGAGGAGCUGGGCAUCCGGGAGGAGUGCGGCGUGUUCGGCUGCAUCGCCUCCGGCGUGUGGCCCACCGAGCUGGACGUGCCCCAUGUCAUCACGCUGGGGCUGGUGGGGCUGCAGCACAGGGGCCAGGAGAGUGCUGGAAUUGUGACAAGUGAUGGAGAGUCAUCCCAGGCAUUCAAAGUGCACAAGGGAAUGGGUCUUAUAAAUCACGUGUUCAAUGCAGACAGCCUGAAGAAGCUCUAUGUUUCAAACCUUGGUAUUGGGCACACCAGGUACUCUACCUCCGGGAUCUCUGAGCUGCAGAACUGCCAGCCUUUUGUCGUAGAAACUCUUCAUGGCAAGAUUGCUGUGGCACACAACGGUGAACUAACAAAUGCCGUGCGACUGAGGAGGAAGCUUAUGCGGCAUGGUGUAGGACUGUCGACCAGCUCUGACAGUGAAUUGAUCACCCAGCUGCUGGCUUUCACACCUCCUCUAGAAAAUGAUGACACUGCCGAUUGGGUAGCAAGAAUAAAAAAUUUAAUGAAUGAAACUCCAACUUCUUAUUCGUUGCUAAUUAUGCAUAAAGACAUAAUUUAUGCAGUACGUGAUCCGUAUGGAAAUCGUCCACUCUGCAUUGGUCGCCUUAUUCCAGUAGGGGACAUGAAUGGAAAAGGAAAGGAUAACAGUGAAACAGAAGGAUGGGUAGUCUCCUCUGAAUCCUGUAGCUUUUUAUCUAUUGGUGCAGAGUACUACCGUGAAGUCCUUCCUGGAGAGAUUGUGAAAAUAUCCAGGUAUGAUGUCCAAACACUGGAUGUGGUACCAAGACCUGAAGGAGAUCCAUCAGCAUUCUGCAUAUUUGAAUAUGUUUAUUUUGCAAGACCAGACAGUAUCUUUGAAGGUCAAAUGGUGUAUUCAGUCAGGAGGAGAUGCGGUCAGCAACUUGCUAUUGAAGCACCUGUGGAAGCAGAUCUGGUCAGCACCGUUCCAGAGUCUGCAACCCCAGCAGCUCUGGGCUACGCUCAAAAGUGUGGACUGCCAUAUGUUGAAGUACUCUGUAAAAAUCGGUAUGUAGGAAGAACGUUUAUCCAGCCAAAUAUGAGGUUACGGCAACUUGGUGUUGCAAAGAAGUUUGGCGUUCUGUCUGACAAUUUUAAAGGCAAGCGAGUUGUUAUCAUUGACGAUUCAAUUGUGCGGGGCAAUACCAUUUCACCCAUAAUAAAACUACUACGGGAAUCAGGAGCUAAAGAGGUACACAUCCGUGUGGCUUCACCUCCCAUAAGAUUUCCUUGUUACAUGGGAAUAAACAUUCCAACAAAAGAAGAACUGAUUGCCAACAGACCUGAGUUUCACGACCUUGCAAACUACAUAGGGGCAGACAGUGUUGUCUACCUUUCUGUGGAAGGGCUGGUAUCAUCUGUGCAAGAAAGCAUCAGAGCAAGACAAGAGAAUGAGAACAGCCUUAAAACCCAGAAAUCGCGUGUUGGAAAGAUUGGUCAUUGCACAGCAUGUCUCACUGGAGAAUAUCCUGUAGAGCUAGAAUGGUGAAUUUUUAGUGGAUGCACUUGGGUUCAUCAUUGCUGAAUGUACUUUUUGCAAAGAUGCCUUCUUGCUAAUAAUAGCCUUCUUACAUUUAGGUAAUAUGUAAAGCUUAUUAUAGUUGACUGAUUACUGUUAGUAAAAUACAUCUUUAUUGGUAAAGACUUAGAGAAAGUCUGUGCUGAAGAAAACUAUGUAAGCAGAUUGAAAUACAAAAUCAUAUAGUUUUGAUGCACGGUUGUGCCUUCUAUUUUCUCAUAAAAUAUUGUAAAAACCAAAGUGUUUAUAAUUAUGUUACAAUUCCAUAGCUUUUUGUUUCAGUCUCGCCCCGAAUGUGAGAUAUCCCUGUCAGACUUGUUCACAAAGUACAAAUUAUGAAUCAUGUGGUGUAACUUCAAAUUAAUCUAAAUCUUUAAGCAAAAAGAAUGUGAAGCUUGCUUUUCUGUUUUGGAAAAAAAACACCAGAUUCUGAAGUCUUCUUGUUUCCUCAGCAGUUCUUGCUUAGAUUUCUUAAAAAUAGAAGUACCUGACUUUUGCAUAUAUAACUAAAUGGUCAUUAUUAAUCAAGCCCUUUGUAACUAAGUUUCCAGAUUCUAUAAAUGUAAGGUCUAGCACAUGAUUUUAAAAAAUGAAGACUCAGGGAAAUGCUCAGCCAAAAGCUUUCUAGGUUUAUAACUUCAAAAUUCUUUUUUGAAUUCCACUGUAAAUCACAGAACUAUAGAAUGGUUUGGGUUGGAAGGGACCUUAAAGACCAUCUAAUUUCAACCCCCCACCAUGGGCAGGGACACCUCCCACCAGACCAGGCUGCCAAAAGCCCCAUCCAGCCUGGCCUUGAGCACCUCCAGGGACGGGGCAUCCACAGCUUCUCUGGGCGACCUGUGCCAGUGCCUCCCCAUCCUCACAGUAAAGAAUUUCCUUGUAAAAUCUAGUCUAAAUCUACCCUUUUAGUUUUAUAAAGCAUUCCCCCUUGUCCUAUCACUAUGUGCCUAUGUAAAAAGUCACUAUCUUUUUUAUACACCUCCUUUUAUAAGCCCCCUGGAAUGUUGCUGUAAGGUCUCCCCGGAGCCAGGCUCACAGCCCUAGCUCUCAGCCUGUCUUCGUAGGAGAGGUGCUCCAGCCCUUUCAUCAUCUUCGUGGCCCUCCUCUAGACUUGCUCCAACAGGUCCUUGUCCUUCUUGUGCUGGGGGCCCCAGAGCUGAGCGCAGCACUCCAGGUCGGGUCUCACAAGGGGGCUCAAUCUCCCCCCUUGUCCUGCUGGCUGUGCCUCCGUUGAUGCAGCCCAGAAUGCAGUUGGCCUCUGGGCUGCAAGUGCACACUGUCAGCUUGUUUCCAGGAUUUUGUCCACCAAUCUUCAGGUGCUUUCACCAGAUGGCAAUAGGAUGUGGAAGGAGAAAAAUAUUUGGCAGUGCCAUUUGUUUUAUUUUGUUUCACAUCUUGUUUUCUCCAGGACAAAUCCUGACAACUUCUGAAGUCUGAACUAUUUGUGCUUUCUAGAUGUCAGUGUCCAAACUUAACUCAAAAAUAAAGUCGUUUUCUUAACAGUGAGAAUGAUAGAUCAACUGAAGGUUAUGAGAUGUUUUGGGUAUACUCUUAUUUUCCUACAUUACUACUGUUAUUAUAAAUGUAAUGUUUUAAAAGAAAGUUUUGAAGAACCAUUAGGUAUUGAAUGCUUUGUAUGUUUUAAUUGGUAACAAUUACGGUUACUUGUAUACAUAAAGAUCACUUCACAAUGAACCACUAGCUGAAAGGGAAAAGCACCUUUCAAAAAUAUUGCAAAUUUACGCACAAUUGUAAAAAUAUUUUGUAUACCUCGUUUUUUUUCACUGAAUACCAGCAAUUUAAUUUUAGAUUUUCUAUUUAAUGUUGUAUAUUUUGGCCUUACAAUUGUUUGUGACACUGUUACAACAACAAAGAAAAAUAAAAGUUUAAGAGAUUCUUCCUUCCCCAUCUUACACAUAGUGGAGAAUUACAGCACUCAUCAUUAAAUUCAGAAGAGAGCUUUCUUACUGGGAUUUGUAGCAGCUGUGCCUGAUACACAAUCACAAAUCAAAAGUCCCAAUUCAAGAAAGCAUGUAAGUACAUUUUGUGGAAGUCAAGAGUGAAUCUUGUGCAAUCAGAACCUACAUGCAGUCAAGCUAAUGGGAAAAUCUCUUUCACCGUGAGAAUCACGCCCUUCACCAAAGCCCAGAUCCACAUAUUGGGAGAGAUAUUUGGAUCUCACCUAAUUAGCAAGCUUGUUUUUUAACAGUCCCAUAACCUGGACAGUAAAUUGAGAAAACAGAACUGGGUGCAGUCACUCUGACCUCCCCUCUUCUAGAUUAGCAGGGAGAAGUGUGAGAAAACAUAAAAACUUAUCAUUUAUCACCUUUCUUCUUUCCUGCCCUCAAAAAAGCAAACAUUUUUAAAAGAAGGGGCAAGAUGAGCUCUUGUGUUAGAGGCAUGUGAGGAGCCCUUUCUAUGUGACAUACAAACAUAGGUGAACAGUUUUAACAAGGUUGCAAGCAGAAUUCAAUCAGUAUCUCUGAAGUCGCCUGUGAAAGAUUCUAAAUGAAACUUGUGCAAAUUAGUUUCAUUUAUUUUACACAUUUUAAAAUGUCUUUUAAGACAUUAAAAAAAAAAAAAAAAAAGAUAGUUUUUACAUGUGGAAAUAACUUCUUAAAUGUGAUUUGAGUGUUAGGUGGCAUAAUUCUGAUUUCAUGAGUCCCAAUACCUUUUUUCCCUCCACGUAAUGCAUGUGAAAUUACAAGGAAGGUCUGCUACUGUAAGCACUGUGAUCUUUAGUAUGGUACACGCCUAAUCUUUAGCAUUUAAGGCCUUAAAGUGGAGAAACUUUUCAAGUGUCACUUUAUUCAUGGACAACUGGAAGUGUGCUUUAGGACAACCACGCCCUUUUUUUUUUUUCCCCAUACGGUGGGAUACACACGUUUUGAGUGGAAACAAACAAACAAACCUUCAGUUCUAGAUGUUGCCGUUUGUAUUAUUUCAAUGUUUUACCGUGAAACUCUAUUACCAGCGUGCAACCGUGCUACAUUAUUUUAAAAAUAGGACAAAACAGUGGAGCGCUGACGCAUUAACUCCUCCCAUGCACAACAUUAAAAACAGCGAUGAACUGCUUUUCUCGUCAUCUCUCCGCGCCGCCUUUGCGGCAGCACGCCUCGAAUUUGUCCUUAAUAAACUCCCCGUGAAACAAAUCAUCUGGGGCCAGCCGCUGGACUCCCCUGCCCGGCCCCACCGCCCCUCAGCACACGCAGCCCCACCCAGCAGCAACCCCCCCCUCACCGCCCCUGCAGAAAAUGGCGGCCGCGCGCUUCCCGCCACCAUAGCGCCCCCGACCGCCUGUACCAUCUUGUGCAUGGACGGGGUGGGGGGGACAAGAGCGGUGUGUGAGUGGCGAGGCCUGGCUGCUCCGCACCCCUCAGCCCGCCCUCCGCCCCGAGCGUCUCUGCGUGUCUUUUUGCCCCUUUCUCAUCGCUGAGGAGGCGCUGCCGGGGAGGGCCGCCAGGGCUGCGGCGCACUCACCGGCGUGUUUCCCCCCCCCCCACCCCCGGGGACAAAAUGGCGCCACCCCGCUCAGGCCGGGCGCCGCUUUCGGAUGCCUGAACCGUGCGACAGACACUGACCAAUGAGAGCGCGCGUUACUGGGGAGUCGUCCAGGACUAUAAUUGUCCCACCAAUCAGAAGCGCUGUCCUUCGGUUGCUAGGAGGUGGGGAAAGGCGGCUGCUGGCUGAGGGCUACUGAAGAAAUGCAGCUGUGAUGACUCUUCAGGAGAUGGUGAAGCAGGCAGCUAGCCUGUACUCAGAUAGAAAAGCAGUUUGGUUUGAUCAAUGCAAUGAUGAACCUCCAACUUUCUACACAUACGCAACACUGGUUAAACUUGCCACGGAGUUAACAGCUUUCCUUCAAAAGCACUGCAGUCACCAAGGAAAAUGUGAAAUAGGCCUUUACUGCUAUCCAGGAAUAAACUUACCCUCUUGGAUCUUAGGGUAAUGGUUUGAAUUCUGUAUUGUAUUUUUAAUGGUCAACUCUAUUAAGUAAAUUUUCAGUCUGCUUAUGUUUUUAAUAUCAACAAAAAUGUAGUAAUACCAUAAGCAAUACCUACUAGUUGGUCUUGCUGCUACUGAAAUGCUUGCUUUUUUAUUUCUUUAUAGCGUUCCUUGACAGUCUAGAGGCACUCUGAUUCUUGCAAUCUUAAAGGGAAAAGAUUGCAGUAUUACAGUUUAGUCGUUGAAAAGUCUAUGCCAAAGUUUAUUGAAUUUUAGGUUCCUUGAUCUAAAAUGUAUGUGAUUCUUCUUAAUGUAUGGUUAAAUAUAUUUAUAGAAAUAUCAGCAAUUAUUGACUAUCUUUGUACUUGUUUAAAAACGGACUUGAUUAACAGAAUAAAUAUAUAUUCAAAA